GGCAGUAGGAAGCCUCCUCCCCCCAACACUGUAGCGGGCCAGCGCGGUCGGGAGGCUGGAGCCUCCGCCUCACCGCGGGGGACGCGCUACCCACCCGCGAGCCGUCUCAGACGCCUCCUUCCCCCCGCGGGCUCCAGAUUUUCCGCGGUGCGGAGCCCAAAGGCUUCGCGCGGGCGGCUCCUUGUCCGGAGAGCCCCUGCGGGCAGUGCGCGCGGCCCGGUGUGGAGUAGGCGUCCCCGGAGCUGCCGGAGUGUGGACGUGACCAAGGGCCGGGGGGGGGAAUGGCGCUCCGUGCUGCAGUUCGCUAGUGUUACCCGGUGCGACCCCUCCCGGAGCCCUGGGUACCGAGAAUCCGUCCUGCUUUAGCGGUACCGGCCCGGGUAGCGCCAGUGGGGGAAGACUAUUGCACUAUAAAGGAAAAUGUCUUUUUUUUCAAAAAUAUUACUGCAACCAGAAGUUGAAGAAUACCUUGGGAAUGUGUUUAGAAAUAAGGAGCUCGUAAGUGCUUUAGGCACUCUGGAAGCAGAGAGGAAAUAUGAAUCUCUGUUAAAUUGUCUAUCUCAUCCUCCAGCUUUCACAACUGUUAGAGUUAACACUCACUUGGCUUCAGUGAAACAAGUGAAAAAUCUGCUGUUUGAAGAGAUCCACAAGCAGUUUAAAGAUUUUAGUGUGCCAGUUCUUCAGCACCCAGAACUCCAGGACAUCUUACUUAUUCCUGUCAUUGGACCCAGGAAGGAUCUACAAAAGCAAUCAUCUGAAGUCAUUGUUGGAGCCCAGUGUGGGAAUUCAGUGCUACGAGGAGCGCAUGUCUUCGUUCCAGGAAUCAUAUCUGCUUCAAAAUUUAUGAAAGCUGGAGAUGUGGUCUCUGUAUACUCUGAUAUUGAAGGGAAGUGUAAAAGAGGAGCCAAAGAAUUUCUGGGAACCAAAGUUUUUAUUGGAAAUGGGAUUUCUGAAUUGAGUCGCAGUGAUAUCUUCAGUUCAAGUGGCUCACUCAAAGGAAUAGGUGUAAGAAUGACAGACCCAGUCUACCGUAGUCCUUCGUUGGACAAUGUGCUGUCCAGUUAUUUGUUUUUGCAGAACUUGCCCUCUGCAGUUGUAAGCCAUGUUUUAAACCCUCAGCCAGGAGAGAGAAUUCUGGACAUGUGUGCUGCACCUGGGGGAAAAACAACCCAUCUUGCAACAUUAAUGCAUGAUCAGGGUGAAGUGAUAGCCAUGGACAAGAUAGCUAACAAAGUCAAAAAAAUCAAGCAGAAUGCAGCAUUGUUGCAGCUGAAUUGUAUUAAAGCAUUUUGCUGUGAUGGAACGAAGGCACUUGCCAUUGGGAAGAAAGAAGAUGGGCAAGAAGGCCCUCCAUUCUCAGCAGAGUCAUUUGAUCGAAUUCUUCUUGAUGUUCCUUGUAGUGGGAUGGGACAGAGACCAAAUAUGGCCUAUUUCUGGACUCUAAAAGAAGUGAUGUCUUAUCAGCCAUUGCAACGCAAGCUUUUCAGCACGGCAGUGAAAUUGCUGAAGCCAGGAGGCACUUUGGUGUAUAGUACAUGUACAAUUACACUGUCUGAAAAUGAAGAGCAGGUCGCCUGGGCCCUGGAAACUUUUCCCUGCCUCCAGCUUCAGUCACAGGAACCACAUAUUGGAGGAGAAGGCAUGAUGGGAGCUGGAUUGUCACUUAAUCAGCUGAAGCUGCUGCAGAGGUUUGAUCCAUCCAGUGUGACUUCACGUGGAAUGGAUAUUAACUCUUUGCAGGAUUCCAGGGAAGACGACCUGAUCUUGCUGGCAAAUAAAGACUGUAUCGGAUUUUUUAUUGCAAAAUUUAUUAAAUUGAACAGCAAAUAGACAUUUAGCAACACAACCCGAAAAAAACACCUUUUGAGUUAAGAAUGGUCCAACUGUUAACUGUGUCUUCUCAUGCAUUGUUGUCAAGCCAACAGGCUGAUGACAUGGUUUCUAUAGAAGCCGUAAAAUCUCCUAGCUGUUUUACUGGGCCAGAGCCACAGAUCUGGAACAAGAAAGUCACAGUUGCAGGAAGUGUUGAUUCAUUUUUAUGUCUCCAUUAGCUUUUGUAUUUAUAGUAGGAAAGGUAAAUGGAUCCAGAUUACUGGUUGUUGACUUUGUGUACAGUAUUGCACAUUUAGAUUACUGCUUGUUUGCUGUUUUAACUUGUUGGUUUAAUGUGUACAGUAUUGCAUAGGAACAGGUUUUGCUAUGGGAAUUUAAAUUUUAUAAAAUGCAAAAAAAUCCAGAUUAAGUACAUUGAAAAAUAUAAAGUCAAAUUUUGUAAAGAAUGAUAGUUUCUAUAGGGGAAUUUAGAAAUUACUGCAUCAUUAAAUAGUGAUGUGAAAUAGUUGCAUUUCACAAAGAGCUGUUUUAUAAAUUAAUAAUUAUAACAUCUCAUCUCCUUUAUUUUACUAUAAGCAAGCUUCUCUAUUCUGAUUAUAGACACACAAUACAAUAGGCUUUGUAGCAUGUAUUUUACAGCAGCAUAUGUAUACGGCCCCUCUCUCUUCAGGGAAUGAAAGAUACAGUGCUUAAAGCUCAAAUUUGCCAUUUGUAAGCCUGGAGCAGUUCAGAAACAGCACUGCUGGACUAAUUGACUAGGGGCAGUUUUAAAGUCCAAUAUCACUUGCAUCAUGAGGGCUACAGUCUAAUAAUAUAUGCCAUUGAGAUGGUGAAUAUCUCAGCUUUUUCAUGGCACAGAGUAUCACAUUCCUGUCUCUACCUGGCAGAUUGUGACAUCUAAUCCUAUAAUUACAGAAAUAUAGGGCUGGAAGGGACCUCACGGUCAUCAAGCGCAGGUCCCUGCACUGAGGCAGAACCAGUUAAACCUUGACCAUCCCUGAUAGGUGUUUGUCCAACCUGUUCUUAAAAAUCUCCAAUGACAGGACUCCAUAACAUGCCUUGAAAGCCUGUUCCAGUAUUUAACUAGCUUUAUAGCUAUUAGGGAAAAUCUUCCUCGUCCCACUACGUCUCCAUGGUCAUGGAAAGUACGAGAACAAUUGAACACCAUCCUCUUUAUAACAACCCUUCACAUAUUUUAAGACUGUUACCAGGUUCCUCCCCCCCUUCCCCCCCCCCCCCCCCA